AUGGUGCACACGACGGCCAAGUUGGCCGUGCUGAGUGCCUUGCUGCUUGCUGUCUCGGCCCAGCGCUACGUUUGGAAUGGCGCCACCCUUGUUUUCUCCGAUAACAAAAACUGGAAUGGCACCCCGAAUCAAGCUAGCGUCUUGAACCUCACCAAUGAUAAACCCUACGUUGCCAAUAUUGAUGUUACCGAGUUGAGCGUCGGCCGCAUUACUUUCCCCCGGUCCGGCAAGUUUCGAUUCGCGCCCGCCACCGGCUCGAGCACGCGCAUCAUGUUCAAGGAGUCUUUGAAGGAAUCCGGCUCGGUCGUCACCUUCAAAGGCCCCAAUCAGAAUGACGAGCGCUUCCAUUUCAACUGCCACAAAAACUGGCUCCUAACUGGCACGUCGUCGGGCACAUCAACCCCCCCUUGCAACCACAACGUUCGCCUGGACAGCAGCGCAGCCUACUACUUCUCCCUCGCUGACCCAGCGCUUGGACACAUUUACAUUCAGAACCUGAACAUUGGAGAUGUUGAGAUCGAGACCCCCGCCGAACUCCCCAUGUGGCAGUUUGAUGACAUCCGCAACAGCAUCUCGCUUGGCGGCGAGGAAUGUGCCUACACUAUUUACACGACUGGUGCCCCGACCUGCUUCUGCCCAACCUCUUGCCCUGAAUCUGAGGAAGAACGACAGAGGCAACAAGCUAUCAUUGAUGAGGCGCUUGGCAGAAAUGCUCGUGACGAGGAGGCCGAGCGCCAACGGCCCAUGCUCGUCUCUGGUACCUACUCUGUCUCCCACUCGGUCGUUGGUUACACCAGCGCGGUUCUCUCCGUUCUCAUGGAUGACAUGGAUCACUUUCGUGCCCUCUUUGCCUCUCGUCUUUCCGCUUUCCUCGGCUCUGCCGCCUUUAGUGUUGACGUCACUGGCGCCGUCAUGGGCGAGAACGUGGUCAAUCUGACCAUUGCCAUCAAUGCUACUCGUGACACUCUCCUCAAGCCCAGUGCUGCAACGAACGCUCAGGUGGCCAACCCCUUUCUCAAGAGGAUUGCCAGCAGUACAUUGAACAACAUCAACUCCACGGCGUUGGACAAGGGCGUGGAGAACUCCCUGCUCUUGGUUGGCGUCAGCAUGCUAGCCGAGAGUUUGGUGGGCGAUGGCUCUGGUGACUCUGAUACUUGUGAGACCCCGCUGGCUUGUGAGGCCCUCAACAAUGCUUCCGUCAUCUUGUUGAGCCUUUUCUCCGAGCCCGAUACCUUGCUUGGGUCCAUUUGCCCCAAUGGCCUGUGUCAGUCCAGCCAGCAAAUGGCAGGCGCUCUACAGGCCGCGGGUCUCUGGUCUUCGGCCAGCAUUUAUGAGGACGACGAGGUCUCGGCGCUCAAAAACUCGAUUAUCGCUUUGCUUUCGGGCCUGGACUUGACUGCGACGAAUAACAAGGCCUACUUUGAUCAAGUCAUGUCUGAUUUGGGCGAGCAGGCGGAUGCCUUGAGCCCCAUUGUGACUGUCAUUCCCGCUCUCUCCUUCGCUCAGUCCCCCAACUUUUACAUUGGCGCUCAGCUGUCCUCGGUGGUUCUGCGCCGUCUCAUCAAUGGCGAUAACCGCGCCAACUUGGAUGCCUCCAUUGCCAGCUUCAUCGAGGGUCUUGGCCCCAUUGUCGAUGUUGUCUUGACGGACAUUUCAGUUGUCUCUCGUGACCGCCGCCGCUCUGAGGACAUCCAGCUGCAGAUUAACUUCAAUUACACAACUCACUGCGCCAGUCAGGAUUGCGACAUCACGGAAAGCCAGGCUGCUACCUCCUCCUAUCAACUCAUCGCCACGGCGCUCCAUUCAGCCGUGGUAACCACGCGGAUCACUUAUCCCAACUGCUAUGUCAACUUGGCCUGGGAUCACGACUGCCUCAUCUCAGCAGCCAUGGAGGUUUUCGCCGAUAGCUCCAAGACGGACGCGGCCCUCGAUGUUUUGGAGGCUUACUUCUACUCUUUUGUCAAGUGUGACAGUAACGGUUUCAUGCCCGAUGGCGAGUCCUGCUAUGCUCUCAAUGAAAAUGCCAACAGCACCGCUACGGCCUUGGCCGCGACAACCCAUGCCAUGCUGUUCCCUACGACCACCAUCUCUUCCCAGACCACGGGCGGCUCGGGUGCCGUGGGUGCCUCAUCCUCUGCUUCUGGUGACAGCACGGGCAUUAUUGCUGGUGCAGCUGCCGGCGCCGUGGUUCUGCUGGCAGUGUUGCUUGUGCUGCUCGUCUUGCGCCGCCGCCGUGCCACUCCUGCCGUUGCGCGCACCGAGGAGCGCUCUGUUGUCUCUUUCGAGAACCCCAUGUAUGAUGAGGGACCCAAGGCUGCAGCAGGAGGCAACGAACUCUACGAUCAGAUGGGCGCCGCCGAUGAAAGCCUGUACAGUGAGCCCGCCUUGAAUGGAAAUGCUCGUCGCACCACAAAUCCCAUUUACGAUUCGUCCGAGAACCUGGCGACUGCCGGCCAGGAAGAUGGUGGUUAUCUGGAAGAUCCCACUGUUAACGCGGACGGUGGUUAUCUUGUGCAGGAGGGUGUCCAUGUUGAUGGCGAUGCCGAUUUUGCCGAGCACGAUGCUCUUGAGGAAGGUGGCGGUUACCUCGACGUGGGUGGCGAGGGCCAGGACAAGCAAUUCGGCUUUGAGUAAUUUUGCUCUUCUCUCAUCCUUGUCAUCUCGAUCACCUCCCUCAAGCAACGGAUUUCCAAGCUCUUUUGAUCUUGCGCUGAUCUUGCGCUACCGUAUCUGGUAAACUGCGGAGAAAUCUUUGUUUGUCCGUUCACUUGACCACAAAUUGAGCUCUGUUGC